ACUCCAUUCCUUUACUCAAUGUAUGAAUAUCUACAUUUAAUACAUUGUUGAAAUUUGCAUAGACACGCAUUAUUUGUGAACAGUUAAUCAUAUUAAUUAUGAAUAUAUUAGCAGUUUUUUUAUCCUUACAGCGGGUGUGAACGUAAAGAUAAUAAACUACUUCGGUCAUCAGCGUAUUCAAGUAGGAGAUUACAACACCAUGGAGAUAGCAGAACGGUUGUCCAAUCAAACAGAUCUCAAAAAGGAAGGGCUUGAAAGGGAUGGUUUACUUCAGGGUGCUCUCAACAUUAUUCUUAAUCCAAAACGUUCGAAAAAUCCGAAUCCAAUGCACCUUAAAAUACUUGAACAGAAAUUUACAGAAAUAUUUGGAGGGCAUUUAUCAGCGGGAAAGAGGACUUUCUCUGCUGCCUCUGAUAUGUCCCUCCAUUCAUUCCUGCAAAAACACAAUGAUUCCUACGAGAUGUUCUCUACGACAAAGGGAAAGAUAAUGGUGAAACAAAAAAUAUUCGGAUCAGAGUCAGACAGGAUUCAAGGUCCUAUUAGUACAACACAGGAAAAAGACUAUGAUGGUCAAAACGAAGAUAAGAGGAGCGAGACUAAACAGAAGGGAAACGCAACCGAAAGAAAUGGAAAGGAGAAAAGGUCCAUUACAGGGACAGAUUUGCCACGAGGCAAAAGAUUAUGAUGAUUGGGAAACCGUCUGCAAUAAACGACAUAAAAGGAAAUUCACAAGAGAAAUGGUCAAGCCUGGCAGAAGUACCAACAUUGGAACACAACAUCGCGAGAGUGAAGACCAAGGAAAAACGUGUAUAAAUCAUCUUCUAGAGAGGAGAAGCAAGCACGCUUUGAAGUUUGUACCAUCUGAAAUGGUUUAUUUCCAGAAUUUUCUCUUAUUUACAAUCGAUGUAGUAAGCAUGUGGAAUACCCCAAAAGAAGCAUCCUCGUUCAUAAUUCUCGGCAUGACUGACAAUGAACAAGAUCAAUUAAUGCCCUGUACCAUAACGGGAAUGAAGAAAAGCCACACUGUUGAUCACUUCAAAAGUAUCUUUCUUUAUGAAUGUGUUGUCGGUAGUAUUCCACAGUUCUCAUAUACUGAAGUCCUUGUGGGAACUGAUAUAGUGGGAGUCAUCGAAAUAUUUAGUUGUCGAGCUAGUCAAUCUCCAUGUGUUUUCAAUUGUAAACGACAAAAUUACGCCAUUGCCACACAUGAAGGAGACAUGUGGAUUCAAAAGGACGCUUUGGCUGUGGUUUGUAAACCCACAGAUGACAGGUUUGCAGAGGUAUAUGGUUGGUUUGCAAACGACAAUACAGAGGAUACGCAUCAUACAACUGAUUCUGAAAGAGACAAUUGUUCCGCGAAAGGAGCCGAGGACAACAACAGGAUGUUUAUUUCAUUUUCGCAGCAACAAAAUACCAUUUCGAAGAAGAAAAGCAGUGAAUUGAAAGUAUGCACAUCCGUAGAUCAGAUGUUAGAUGCUGUUGACAAUUUUCGCAAGGGUCAUUUUAUUCUCUUGGCGGGUGAUGUUCCAAGUAUAUCCACAAACAUGGAGGCAAUAACAUCGAUACCCUGGCUGGCUGUUUUUGAUUUCGAUCCUUACAGUCGAGACCGCGGACUUCUAUGUUCUAAUGAAGAAAUUCUGGCCAAAAUGACAUCCCUUCACAUCACAACGUGGAAAACAAUCGACAAACCUGUAUCGGAAUACGAAACUAACAGGUGUUUCAUACGUGGAAUAAGAGAUGACCCUGAAAGUAGACAAUGUGGCGAAGAAUCAGACGAUCUGCGGAGUUGGAGUCGAAAAAUCAAACGGUUAGUUGAUCCUUACUUGAGCGAUAUACAAGACUUUAUUGCAGAUUACACCGUGUUAACCUCGAUCGUGUUAUGGCCAAAUGACGAACGGAUGCUCCCUUAUAUCCUUAAGAUGAUAGCCAAGCUAGACGAAAACAUAGAUCCUCCCCCAAAGCUUGUAAUCGUCCUUGAGUCAGAACCCCGAACAGAAGCCGCGAAAACGUGUUUCCGCACGUUAUGUGAUGAACAAAACGAAAAUUUAACUCUUGUUCGAAUGGGAUUAAGCGAUGUUCUAAAUGGGUUGUCCCAUAAGCUUAAGUUGUGCAACAAUAUAAAUGCAACUACAUUUGAUCUUCCUGCAUCCGAUCAAAGGAAUGUCUGUAUAUUGGACAGAGAUGCAUCGUGGCUCCGAGAACAUUUGAAUGUUUUGUUCCAAUCAUGUCCAUUUUUACAUGAAGAAAACGAUAUCGAGUUCUUACAGGAAGAAAGCGACAAUUUCUAUCGCGGUGGAACACUACACUGGCGGACGUGGUAUAGUUGUGGAGUGGGUCACUUUGAUAUAGAGAGAGACAUUUACAAGAACGCCAAAUCUGUCAUUGAGAAAAAUAUUCAGAAAAAUAAAUCCGGUAUGGUGACACUGUGUCAUGCCCCCGGUGCUGGAGGUACAACGCUUGCUCAACGUCUCGCCUGGGAAUUUCAUGAGAAAGUUCCAACAGUGCAUGUACGGAGCAGCAGCAUCAACAUGCUAGAAAUUGUCUCCAGAAUAGAGUUCCUGUACAGUAAGACUCACAAACCUGUUCUCCUUCUUAUUGAUGGAGAAGAUGAUCAAAAGGUAUUUCAUCUCCUGCAAUAUAUGAAAAGUAGUUGCAUUGCCAUAAUUUUGCAUGUGAAGAGAUGUCUAUGUAAACCAGAAAUGAAAAAAGAAGACAUUGACAUACUGUGGUUAAAUGGCAUCGUUUCUUCGAAAGAAGCGAAACAGCUGACUCUGAAGUUGAAAGCUCACUGCAAAAACGAUGAUGGAAAGAAAAGGAUCUUGGUCACACUGUGCAAGGAGACAGAACAAGGAAAACGACAUCACUUGAUCAAUUUUGGCCUAACUGUUUUCCUGCAUGAGUUUAAAGGCAUUUCAUCCUUUGUGAAAGGCUAUUUUCCGGUUUCGGAACAUGACACAUUUCCAACAACUGACCAGGGUAUAUUGCUCUAUCUAGCACUUGCCUAUUUUUACGGACAUACUUCACUUCCUUGCCAGUUCUUCAAUGAACUUCUCCAUUUACCAGCAAACUAUUGUGUCGAUCUGGAUGACUUUCCACAAUCGGUCCAGUCAUUUGUUGUUGAAGAUGAGGGAGACGGAAGGAGAUCUAACAUUCGAAUUUGCCAUACUUUGGUUGCGAAAGAAAUCCUUGACCAUAUAUUAUCAAGAGGAAGAAAUUCCAAAGAUGCAAAACAUGUUGGACUUUCUGAACCCGCCCGACACAGACUUGCAUCUCUAUGCUUAGAAUUUAUAAGUUAUGCAAGUAGAAGGGAAGGGAGGGGUCCCUCCUCAUCAGUCACAGUUGGUAACUACUUGAGAAAAAUAUUUAUUGUUCGGGACACAAUGGAUAUGUACCAAGGAUCUGAACAUCUUAUCAGAAAAUCUCCGAUUUCAAAUAUCCUGAUGGAUAUAAAUUCACCACCGCCUAUGUUUUGCCAACGGUUAGAGGUUCUGAAAAAACUUGUUGAAGUCUUCCCGAAAGAUCCAAAUUUUUUGGCUCACCUUGGCAGAUUUUACGCGAACUGUCUUCCACAAAAAGAGAAGGAAGCUGAGAAGUGUUUUAUCAUGUCUCUUGAGCUUUGUGAAGCCCACACCAAAGGAACAUAUAAAACCGAUGGAAAACCAAGUGACCGAAUGAAGCUCCCUCUCAUGUAUAUAUACCAUAUGUAUGGUAUGUUUCUGUUGAAACGGAUCAAACGCGAGACGGGCAAUGGCACCUUCGAGGAAGUUCGAAGUACUUCGGAAAGUACAAAAUCGCCUUGCAACAUAUAUGAUAUUCUUGCUUUAGUAAAACAAGCAUGUUCGCUGUUUGAAAAGUCUCGGAUGUAUACUCCUGUUGGUCAUGAGAGUGGUUAUGGAUACACUGGCGAAAUUGAAGUUCGUCUUCACUUCUGUGAUUUCCUUCAGAAAGAAGAAACUGUUUCAUAUCUCAACGAUACAUUGGGAAUCUGUAAAAACCUCCGUGAGAUGGCAGAUGUCUUCGUCCGAAAAAGUAUUCCUGUCAUUGAUCAACUGAUCAACGAAUGCACGAAAGAAUCAAUAGGUCAAAAAGAAAUUUGCCACUUCCUUACUAAGUACAGCUGCUGGUAUGAUCACUUGUUUAAAGGAAAUGUAGUGGCAUUAGAACGUAUGGACGAAUGUCACGACAUUGAUUCGUGCCGGUUGAGAAUCGCCAUGGCAAAAAUCAACAGCAGGGCUGGACCCAGAAGUAGCUGCAACAUCAUCGACAACAUCAAAGAAAAGAAGCACAUAGACGCCAUAGUCAUAUUGUAUGAAAAGGUGUUUGAAAUGCUCGACGUCUGUGACACAUACAGAGAGAAGAAAACCUUGGAAAUGAAUCUGGUUGAUUGGCUAAGAGCAAUUAGACACAAAGAGAUGAUCACGGAAUAUAGAGUAGACCAAGUUCUUGUACAGGUGGUGAAAAUCAACAAUCUGAUUUCUUCACCAGUUGUUACGUUUUACAUUUUCGUCCUGAAAAGUCUGCUUGGGUUCGGUAUCUGUUCAGAGUCAAGACAGGUGGAUACGAGUGCCCUUUAUGAUGCAAAGCAACUGAAGUUGGAACUAAAUGCAUCUGGAAGAUACGUUAUGAAGCCUAAGCACCCAAGGGAAUGGGUGGGGGAUUCACAAAAUGGCAUUAAAUGUCUACUCCCUGGAUCCCAAUGCAUAACGGAAUACAAGACCAACAGACACUUUCCGCUGUUACACAUUUUCAAAGGAUCCGUGUGUCAUCCUAACAAGAAGAAAGCCACAGGAUACAUCAACCUAGAUCUUGGAGAAAACACGUGUCCUGUUGAAGUCUUCUUUAUACCAGACAUUGCUAAUUUAGCUGGUUCCCAGCAUGCUGGACGGAGAGUGGAGUUUACUCUUGCAUUCACUAUCAAAAAUGGAUAUGAGGCUUUCCAUGUGACUUCUCUGAGGAAAUACAAAUGCACGAAUUACCCGUGUGGUUCAAGUGUUGAAAUCACUUCUGCUGAAGAGUUUGCUGUUUGUUGUGCUUGUGGACGGCCAGUAUACAGAAAUGAUUUUCAUGAGGAGGAAAACUGAGAAAUAAACCAUACCAUCAUAGGUUGUGAACAUAUCUAAGAACACUGUCCAGAUUUUGACCUUUCUUUGAGCUAUUUGGAGUUUCCUCUGUUGUCUCCAAUGUAUAGACAGUUUAGGCCCUGAGCAUCAAGACUUCAUUUCACUAACUGUCUAGUAUGAAGAGUCCUGUUUGGAUGUUUGAAAGUGUAAGAUAAUUAUAUGUGCGUGUCAUUUUACUGGGGAUGUGCAAUGAUAGUGACGGAGAAAUUAACAACACAAAAUUUCGAGAGAUGCAGUUGAUGAAGAUCAUGAGACAUUUUUAUGGUCAACAUCAUGAUCUCUUUUGGAAAUAUUCUAUUUGUGAUAUUAUAAGACAUGAGUGUUCGAUGCUUACUGAUACUGUAAGCUUAUACGGAUUCAGUUGUCACCACUUUAGUUCUGAGUUUGAGAUUGUGACCUGGAUUUGUAUGCUUGUUUCGUCAAAGAAAACACUUAAUGUAUGUGCUUUUCAAGGGUUUCCAUAGAAAUAUAUAUUUGUGCUCAUAGUUUCCCAUUGAUUAAUCGAUUUUUAGUUGGAAUUAUGGUUUUGUUAUUUUGACAGUAUUCUUUUUUUAUUAUUGAUAUAUAUUAUACCAAUAUACUGUAACAUUUCUCUAAAAAUUCAAUUAUUUGAUAUAGCUAAGUAAAUAAAUCUAUAAAUGGUGCAUAUCACAAUCAUUUUUUCAACUAAUUAUGAAUAAUAGUAAGGCAGUACUUGUCGAUAUAGUAAAGGAUUUAAUUAAUAUUUCCCAUAUCAAGAUAACUUAUUAUGACAACUUUCAAAACAGAGAUCUUGGCACCCUCCAUUGAAUUAUCUUAUUGGUUCUAUGUCCGACUGAUCUUUUCUAUACUUUCCCCUUUUUUCUCUUAAUCAUUGGAUAGCAAGGAAAACUUCAUAGGAAAUCUAAGAAGGAGUUAAUGAGAAAAAGAAGUUUGAGAAAUAUCCUUUCAGUACUUCUUUUAUCAUUUAAGUACAUCUAAAGAAAUAGCAAUAACACUGAUUGUUUACAGUUGGACUACGGACCACGGUCAAUUUGAAUAGUUCACUAUCUGAUGAUGGUGGCCUAAAAAUCAGAAACCAAUUUAAAUGGAAUGUUUUAAAGAUUCUUUAAUUUACACAUCAAUACAAUAUAUUGUAUAUAUUGUAUGUCAAUAUAUUGUAUACAUUGUAUGUUGUAAUUUUCCUUGUUUUUUUUAUAUUAUUACUGUAAUAUGAUUUUAUUUCAAUAUUUGAAAUGUUAUCAAUACAAAAUCUGUAAUUCAAUAGUACAACUAAUAAUCAUGUCUGACUUCCAUACAUAUUUUAGAGCUUCUUAUUUUAUCACAUUUAGAGCUUAAAAUAUUCUGUCAGAUCAAAAUGCAGUUUCAUACCUUGUCUCCUAUGCAAGCUAGAAUAUUAAAAAUUCUUAUGUUUUUAACAUUCUACUAAUAAAAUAAAUAGAUCAGAUUAUUUGGAAACAAAAAAACAUCAGAAAUGCAUUUUUUUUCUUUUUUCACUUUCAACAAAUUUCAGUUUGUUUUCAAAAUAAACAUGUGAUAUUAUCUUCUACUUUCAUAAGCUACCGACUUUUUAACCAAACCAUUUGAAAACUCUGUAUUUUAUAACUCCAAAACAAAAAUUUAUUUUGCAACAUACAUAUAUAUAUAUUGCAUAAUAUACAAGCUUUAUAUCUAAUCACAGUAUCUUGUAAAUAAAUAAAUAUAAAACCAUCCACAUUCAAGAAAUUUACAGAAAGCAAAUGUGUUCUAGAUAUUUUCCAAAUGUGUAUUUUAUAACCAUGUCUCCAGUUUGGCCUGGAAUAUCCAUUUCAGAAAAUCUGGGAAUCUCCAGUGCAAAAUAUGGUUUCAAACUGGAGCCUCAUAGAUAUAAAAUCAGUUAUUUUCCCUUAUUUCAUCUAUGAAAACAUAACUUUAUAUACAGUGUAUCAUAUAAGGUAAAUAUGCUAAUUAUGUUAACAUAUAAGGCUGUAUAUAAUAUUCUCGAAUCAGACAAAUGUUCAAAAAAACUUUACAAAAAUUGAACAAAAAAA